AUGAAAAAUCAGCUGAUGCUUUAUCAAGAACAAUUACCUGUCCAUGUUUAUCGAGCUCAACGCCUUUCAAAAGACGAAUGGAAACAACUGUCCGAAGCUAAAAAUCAUUACAUUUCAAUGAAUUCAUUUCUUUCAACUAGCCUUAAACCAAGUGUUGCCGAUCUUUACCUUAAUCAAAAUACUUGUGACGGUGAAGUGAAUAUAUUGUUUGAAAUAAAUGCUGAUCCGACGCUUCGUGGCGGUGUAUUACCCUUCGCUAAUAUAUCAAGAUUUAGUCAAUUUCCAGAAGAAGAGGAAGUACUCUUUAUGGCUGGCAGUGUCUUUCAUAUUACGGACGUUAUUAGUGGGGAUCCAUUCUCAACAGUGAAAAUGGAGCUUUGUAGUAAAGAAGAGAACGAUUUGGAACCACUUUUUGAAACAUUACGUAUUGAAUAUGGUGGCGAACAAGUUGGAAAAGACAAGGAAGCAAGUUUGAACUCAUUUGCCAUUGUUCUAUUCAAUAUGGAAAGAUUUGACAUAGCAGACAGAUUUUUUCGUCGAAUCUAUUAUGAAUCUUCUAAUAGUGAUUCAAACCGUGCGCGCUACUCUAUGAACAUUGGCAAUGUCGCUUUACAUACAGGUCGAUAUGAAGAAAGUGCUCAAUGAACCGGAACCGGACCCGGUAAACAGAAAUUUUUUCUACCCGGACCCGGACCCAGUAAAGAGAAAAUUUUUGGACCCGGAUUCUACCCCGACUAG